AUGUCUACAACAACCACCACCUCUUCGAUUCAACAACUCACAGUUCCAUCAUGGCAAGACAACCCCCCAAAUGAUGCAACAGACCAACCAUUCCAAGCACUGGCACGGGGCGACCGAAUCGGGGUUCUAAAACUUCGUGGAAUCCCAUCCUUCAAGGACCCCUACGCGAAGCGUCAAUGGAUUCGAGAACACAUGGCAGCCGCAUUCCGCUUCUUCGGUAAGCAGGGAUACGGUGAAGGUGUGUCGGGUCAUAUCUCUGUUCGCGAUCCAAUUCUUCCACACCACUUCUGGAUGAAUCCGUUUGCGAUGCACUUUUCGCUAAUCAAGGCAUCGGACAUGGUCCUUGUGGACAGUCAAGGAUAUGUGGUCGAGGGUGGCAACCAGGCCAUGAUUAAUGAGGCUGGCUUCAUGAUUCAUUCGGAGGUGCAUCGCGCGCGUCCUGAUGCAGUCGCUGUUGCGCAUGCGCAUAGUAUCUAUGGCAAAACUUGGAGUGGUUUUGGAAAACCAAUCGAGAUGCUUACUCAAGAUGCGUGCAAUCUAUAUGGCAAGCUCGGAGUUCAUGCAGAGCAUGGUGGUAUUGCCCUUGCGCAAGAGGAAGGACGUGCUAUUGCCAACGCACUUGGAAAGACGAAUACUGCGGCAAUCUUGCAAAACCACGGAUCGAUUACACUUGGACAAACGGUUGAUGAAGCUGCUUUCCUCUUUUAUAGCCUCGAGCAAGCAUGCCAGUCCCAACUGCUAGCUGAGGCUGCGGCAGCGAACGGUGUUGCGAAAAAGAUCAUUCCUCAUGAAGUAGCUCAAUUCACUGCGGACUCGGUCCAAAAUCCUAACAACUUCUACCUAGAGUUCCAACCCGACUUUGAUUUGAUUGUCGCUGAGUCCGGUGGCCAGGUACUCCAGUGA